AUGGUGUCUGCUGGAAGACAGAACCUGGGUAUGGCCUUGGCCUUCAUCGGCUUCAUAGGGAACAUCGUCAUCUGCGCUCUCCCCACGUGGAAAGUAACGGCGUUCAUUGGCGCCAACAUCGUCACUUCCCAGGUGAUCUGGGAAGGAUUGUGGAUGAACUGUGUGACGCAGAGCACAGGCCAGAUGCAGUGCAAGGUCUAUGACUCCCUCCUGGCCUUGCCCCGAGACCUGCAGGCUGCCAGAGCACUGGUCGUCCUCGCCAUCAUCAUCGGGGUCUUUGGGAUCCUUCUGUCGGUGGUCGGGGGCAAGUGCACCAGCUUUGUGUCGGGGGAAAUGGUAAAGAGCAAAGUGGCCAUCGCUGCCGGGAUCCUCUUCCUCAUCGCUGGGGUCCUGGUGCUUAUCCCCGUCUGCUGGACCGCGCACACCGUCAUUCAGGAUUUCUACAACCCCCUCCUCAUCGACCUCCAGAGAUCUUCCCUCCUCCUCAGCACCAUGGCUUCCACGGGGAUGCAGCUGCUGGCCGCCACCCUCUGCCUCCUGGGUUGGGCGGGGGUCAUCAUCAGCUGCUUACUGCCCAUGUGGAGGGUCACCGCCUUCGUGGGCAGCACCAUAGUCACCUCCCAGACCAUCUGGGAGGGCAUCUGGAUGACCUGUGUGGUCCAGAGCACGGGGCAGAUGUCGUGCAAGCCGUACGACUCCCUCCUCGCUCUCAGCGGUGACCUGCAAGCCGCCCGGGCCCUCACCGUCCUCGCCAUCGUCACAGGCGGUGCAGGCCUCCUACUGGCCUUCAUUGGGGGGAAGUGCACUCGCUUCCUGGAUGAGGAAGAUGGCGGCAUUAAGGGCAAGGUGGCCUUGGGGGCAGGGGGAGUGUUGAUCGCCACAGGGCUUCUGUGUUUGAUUCCCACGUCUUGGGCAGCUGGGGCCGUGGUCAAGAAGUUCUACAGCGCCUCCAAUGAUGCUCAGCGGCGGGAGAUUGGAGCCUGUAUCUACAUCGGCUGGGGGGCGUCCGUCCUGCUCAUUCUGGGAGGGGGUUUGUUCAUCAGCUCAGCGUGCCCCCUCAAACCCAGUGAGACAGACAAGAGCCCCUCAGUCCGCUACCUGGUGGUCCGCUCCUCCAACGGGUCCAGCAGGGUCCUCAGCCCAACACGGGGGCCGUCGGAGAAGGCCCUGCCCGUCGCAGCAGCGUUUCCCCGCUCCCAAAGCUCCGAGGGGACGUCCACAAAGUCUCAGCUGCACAAGAGGCCUCCCUGGGAAGACGGGCCAGAGCAUGGCUCCAGGAACGAGUCCGAAAGAUCCUGGGCGCCAUCAACCAAAUCUCAGAUGAAGAGGCCGGAGUCGACAAAAUCUGAAGAGAGCGAGGCGCUGUCGACCAAGUCUCAGCUGAAACGAGCCGAACUGGACGAGACUUUAUCGGCAAAGAGUGAAAAUCCGGAUGAAUCCUCAAAUCCAGCAAGAACAUACCUAUAAUAUGAACUGAAAUACAUUCAUACACAAUGCAACUAUAGUAUCUUUACUAAGAGUGAUUUAGAUGUUCACCUGUGACACUGACGUUAGAUGAGAUAGAAUAGUGUUUGUCCUUCAUCAUGUUGUUUUGAUUGAAGUGAAAAAAGGGGAAAGUGCUGGAGAGCAGGUCACCUCCUCUAAACCUGAACUAAAACAAGCGUGUGUGAAGUUACAUUUGUCUUAUUGUUAGAAAAACAAGCUUCGUGAAUUUAAAGUCACCGUCAUGGAUGUUUACGUGUGAAGUUUGAAAAGUUAACAGAUUUUAUCUCACUCCUUAAACGCACUUGAAGAAGAUAAAUCCAUCUGUAUAAAUGUUUUUUACUCAGACAUUUAGUUUGUUUGUUUGUUUGACCUGACGCAGCCUGAAUGCAAAACUAUCAAGGAAGCAGCAAUCGAUGUCUGUGCUCAGUUGAUGAGCGACCCCUCGAUGACAGACUCCACUUGUUACAAAUGAAGUUUAGUUUCAGGCGAUAAAAUUGUUAUUAUUCAUGUGAGUUUUUUUUCUAAAGAUUUAGAUGUGAAACUUUUUGGUGUGAAAUGUAAUUUUAUGUUUUAUUUGUACUUUUACUUGCCAAUAAACGACUGCAACGUGA